CCACACCACGCCGCGCCUCCGCGACGGCGCGCCUGCGCGGCGCUAUCGACCCACGCCGGCCCGAUCAGUCGACCUGACACAUUCUAGGAAGUCACUUCAGAAACGUACCUGCAUAUCAAAUUAGUACAAUAGGAUUAAUAGUGGAAUAAAGUAGUGUCUCGAAAUCAUUAGGGUGGCCUCGAAAGUGGGACUGCGUCGUUAUCUCUGGAAGGAACGCCGAAAUGUUGCCGGUGCUGUUGUGGGUCUGGCUGUCGGCGGCGGCGCAGGGCCGCGAGCUGGACCCCGCGGCGUGCGCGGCGCGCUUCGACGUGCAGCGGGACAAGAUCAUCCGUACGGAGGAGUCGCGCGAGAUGGGCGCGCGCUACCUCUCCGAGCUGGACGUGGGCUCGCGCCGCGAGUGCCUGCGCCUCUGCUGCGAGACUGACGGCUGCGACGUCUUCGUCUUCGAGGAGAAGAGCCCCGGCAGCUGCUACCUGUUCAAGUGCGGACCGCCGGAGGACUUUCGCUGCAAGUUCACGGCGCACGGCAACUUCAGCAGCGGCGUGCUGGCGCUGAGCCGGCGCCUGGCCGAGCUGCAGGACCAGGAGCGCCUCGCGCCGCCCGACCCGCCCGACCUGGGAAGGCUGACAACGACGAGCACGGUGCGGCCGAGCGCGCCGGCACGCCCGCCCGAGGCGCCGCCGCAGCCGCCGCGCCAGCAGCCCCACCAGACGCCGCACCAGACGCCGCACCAGCCGCCGCAACAGCCGCCGCACCAGCUGCCGCAGGAAGCGCUACUCCCAAGUAUGCAUUAUCACGCUACACUUCUAAAUCGUCAUUCUACGUGUGGAUUAAUUAUUACUGGUUUCCCCGGUUCGGAAAACGAUUUGCAGAGAUACUUAUCUUCAUCUCAUCUCAUACAAUAG